AUGACGAGCAUCUUGAUUGAACCAUCAAUUCGGCAGCCACCAGUUUUCGACACUUCUGCAAUAACUCCUGGCAGGCGAGUGGCUCUGAAUGUAACGGACUUUCGACUGGAUGAGGAGGCGGAGGAGAGCGGUGCAAGUGGGGUUAUGGUUCACCUCGCAGUCGCGGAAUCUGUCUUGGUGGGCAGCGUGAUUUGCAGUUUUACCAAGGCCAAUCUUAACCCCUUUGAAUUCACCAUUGAGACAGCUAGCGAUAAUGCCAGUCUUUCGUACUUUCAUCUCUCAAAAUACGGCGGAGAGCUCACAAUUACUCGUUCUUUGGAUUACGAAUCCCACUGGGAACAUUAUUUUCUGAUUCGUCUCUUUCAUCGGGAUGGAAUGGAAUCUAGAGGAAGUCGCAUUGGUUUGGUGGUACACGUAAUUGAUGUAAAUGAGUUUGCGCCGCUCUUCCAUCCACAGGGCCUCAUAGUAGUCUCCUUGGACACCCCAGUUGGAAGCAUUGUGGGGCGAGUCUCCGCCUUUGAUCAGGAUUUCCAUGGGUACGAGGGAACGGGAGUCGUAUACUCGAUUACUUCGCUUGGAGGCACGGGAAUUUUUUCCAUUGAUCCCAAAUCCGGAGCUCUUCUUCUGGCCAAGCCUUUAUGGCCCACGCAAACCACCUCGUCUUUCUUUGCUCAUUGGCCACCAACGUACAAAUUAAAAGUAGCAGCCAAAGAUCAUGGAGGUCGUAUCAAUUAUACCAUAGCGACAGUCUCACUGAACGUUGGUCCUGGUGCUUUCUCCGCACCCCCUCCUCGCUUCCGUCAGGCGAUUUUUGUCACUAAGGUGAUCGAAAAUACUCCCGCAGGUUACAUCAUCACCGUUCUGAGGGACUUUCUCGAGACACGUCCUCUCGUUCCAAUCACUUUCCGAUUGCUGAACUGUAAUGACAAGUUUGCGGUUUCUGCCGGCUCUGGCAUUCUUGCAACCUUGGCCUUGCUUGAUCGUGAAGAGCGCGAUCUUUACUUUCUCCAAGUGCAAGUUUCCAGCUUGGAUGGGCUGCCAGCUCAACUUCCACACACUGCUGAAAUAGAAGUUCACGUUUUGGAUGCAAACGAUAACAGCCCACGUGUGCAGUCACUUUGGUUGACUGGAUCGAUAACGGCAAACGCAUCUCCCAAUAGCGCAGUGAUUGAUACAAGAACUGGUCAUCCACUGGCGCUGCGUCCGAUCGACCCAGACGCAGGGUUGGCGGGUGAGGUGACCUUCCGCUUUGUAGGCCCUGGAGCCGAGGGCUACGCCGAACUUUUCAGCAUUGAUCCCACUAGCAGCAUCCUCCAGUGGCGCCUUGGCGGACGCCAGCCAAGAGCGGCAAUGGGGCGCCACGCCCUUCUCACUCUCGAGAUGGCAGACCGCGCCAUGCCUCAUGCUCGCACCGCUGACGCACUUGUGCGAGUGAGCGUCCGCCUAGACGACGACACGAAUGACUCACCACCCUACUUUCCGCCCUCCUCAAAUCCACUCAUCGCCAGCAUUGUCCUGCCAACAUACGAGGGAGCUCAGAUCGCAAAGUUCACUGCUCUAGACCCAGACCUCAACGACUCAGUGACGUACUACAUCAGUGAGAGUGAGAGCAGUGGUUACUUCUCAAUCGACCCCUAUGUGGGAGUUCUACGAGCCUCUUCGCAGCUGGCUACAGCAACCGCUGCCAUUCGGCGUCAGUUCCUCCUGCAAAUUAAGGCUAGAGACAGCGGCUCGCUACACACGGCCACACACAAUGUCUCCGUGUUUAUCCACUCACCGGACCUCUCCAGGCAACGUCUUGUCAUCGAACCCACUGGUGGACUCAAUGUUACUCUAGUCGAACACUUUUCUGACAACGGCACUCCGCGAUAUUUGGGACAAUUCCAUGUACACAAUGCCCUCCCUAACGAAAUUUUCAGUUUUGAAUUGGCUAAUGCGUCGAUACGCGCAUUUUCCAUCGAUCGAUACAGCGGGGCCUUCUACGCCACGGGCGAUACCUCAGCCACGGCUGAACUAGAUCGCGAGACGAGCCAGGUAGUGCGGCUCCGAGUGCUUGUGCGAGAUUGCGUUGUCACAUCGUCGGGCCUGAGGCAGCAGCGCUACGGUGAGGGGCUAGUGAACGUCUACCUGGAGGACAUCAACGAUCAUACACCCUUCUUUGUCGGACUCCCAUACCAUGCCACUUUUUGUGUAAAAGAUCAUUCGCAGACAAUGGAACCGUCUAAACUUUCUGAACUGGCUUCUUCUCACAUUCUCUCCCAACUACAUCAAGCUUGUCAGUCAAACUACUUCAAGGUGGAGGCAAGAGAUCCAGACAUGGGUCGGAACGGAGAGAUAUCCUACCAGAUAGUCAGCACGCAACCCCAUGCUGAGCCCCCACUUCUCUCGAUUGACCCCAUGUCAGGUCGAAUGUCGCUCAUUCGCACGGUGCCGGCGGACUGGGCGGGUCGACAGCUGGUGGCGCGGGUGCGUGCCACUGACGGAGCGCAGCGUUUCGUAGACACCGAAGUGACAGUACAGCUAGCCGCCCGCCUUGGUCCGCGCUUCGUCAGCACGCACUACACCGCCAUGGUGGCAGAAAGUGCAUCCGUGGGUGAGUCGGUGACCAGUGUAAUGGCUAUCAGCGCCUCUGGCACCACGCUUCUAUACCGCAUCGUCUCUCUCGACUUUAACAACACUGAAUCGAAAGUCCAGGAUAAUCCCUUCUUUCUGGAUUACAAAACCGGCGUUAUACGAGUAGGUGCUCCUCUGGACUAUGAAAAGAGGAACCAUUACAAACUCCUUGUCGAAGCCCUCGAUACGACGACCGGCAACACUGCUCACGUCAAUGUUUAUAUCGAUAUAACCAUCCGAUACUAUCUCCAACUCCUAACUGAGGACGAGAUAAAGAUUGGACAAAACACUUCAAUUUUGAAUUUGGCGAUCGAUCCGAUCAGUGGCGUUAUUCGACUCUCGGAGAAAUUGGAUUAUGAACAACAGACAUCGCUGACGUUUUGGAUCAUUGCUGUAGAUGGGGGAUCACCUCCUCUCUUCGGCAGAUCUAUUGUUGAGCUCUCUAUCCUCGAUGCCAACGACAAUGCACCAAGAUUUGAUGCGGAACCGGGCAUCAAAAACUGGACUGGAGAUGGGGCCAGUUCUGUUGCUGAGUGUCACCGCGACGCAACGGUCGCAAUUGAUGCGCCUACGAACGCCUUCGUGUUGCGCCUCAUCGCAUCUGACCCCGAUGUCAACGAUAGCCUAACUUACCGUCUGCUGCCUCCCGACAUCGAUAUCUUUAGAAUUAAUGCCACUAGCGGUGUUGUUCAUUGGCGCCCUCCCCUCAAUCCCGCUUCAGAGACACGCCUUACUGCAGCCCUCCUUGCUCAUGAGGGCAGUAAUACAACUCGUCUUUCCUUUCAGGUUGAGGUGUCUGAUGGACUUCACAGCGCGACAUGUUGGGUGGAGGUGGAGGUGUUGCCGGGUAAUAGGCAUGCCCCUCGCUUCCCUGUGGCGGAACAGGUUGUAAAAGUCUCGGAGGCUGCGCAGCUGGGGAGUCGCAUCGCUCUCCUUGCCACCGCUCUCGAUGCCGAUGUCGGAAGUUUUAGCCACCUCUCCUACCACCUUAUCGACACUCUUCCUCAUGUCCCCUUUAGCAUGGAUUCUGUGACAGGUGAGGUGACUCUGGCUAUGCCCCUUGAUCGGGAAAAAACAGAGCACUAUUCCCUCACGGUAGUCGCUUCAGACUUGGGUGGCUUAUCUGAUUUUGUGCGUCUUGAGGUCAUUGUGACCGAUGUCAACGACAACGCACCGGUGAUUGAGCAGACUGCCUACGAAGUGACUCUGUCCCCGAGCGAAUACACUGACAUUACCUGGACGAACUCUGCCCCUAUUAAUCAAGUUCGUCCGAGAGGCCUGCGUCUGCCUCUACGCAUCCGUGCAUACGAUGCGGACAGCAUUGGUGCCAAUGCGCGUGUCGUUUACCGUCUUCACCACCCUGCGUCCGUCAGUACUAGCGCCCUUCCCUUCGUCAUAGAUCCACAGACCGGCGAGAUCCUCUUGACACAGUCAUUACCGCCCUCUAGCAAGGAUUUCCAAUUUUUUGUGAAAGCCUGCGAUCAGCCUGAGGAAGGUCAACCUCUCUGCUCCGAGCCCGUCGGUGUCACUAUUCAUCUUAUUCCCCGGGAACUACCUUGGCGACUUAAUCUCUCCUGCAGCUCGGUCUCUGUGGCCGAAGUUAGUUACGAUCUGAACGAGCCCAUCGCUGGGUGCAAAGUAAACUCUGAAGCUGAAAAUCGGGGCGGAACCUGGUCGUUGGUGGGUCCUGCCGCCUCCCUAAACGCCUUCACAAUUGAUGGAACUACAGGCGCAAUCCACGCAAAACACGACCUUGACUACGAAGCACAUUCCUCACAUGAUCUUCUGGUGCAGUACCGCAUCGACCUCACCAACUACAGCCUUUCCGUACCUGUAGCUGCAGUCACUCGCGUCAUCAUAAAAGUUGAGGACGUGAAUGACUGCGCGCCCAUUUUUCAGACUGAUUUAGAAUCACAGAUUAGCAUACCGGAAAACCUCCCUCCAGGGCGUCGCAUUUACCAAAUGAUAGCUCGCGAUUGCGACGCCGCAGAUGAAGGCCUUCUCUCCUACUCAAUUCGACGAAAAUCAGCUGUUAUUCCGGACUUCUCUUCACUUCCAUUCGUCAUCGAUUCUAACGGGUGGAUAACAGUAGCAGGACCGAUUGAUAGGGAAGCAGUGGCAUCGUACGAACUUGCGGUCACGGUUGUGGAUACAUCGCGUCACGUAUCGGUUGCCUACCUCACUGUCGAUGUGAUUGACCUAAACGACACUCCGCCGGAAUGGAGACUUAUAAACAAUUCCACUGAUGAACAGCCGUCUGUUGAAAUAUUUGUUCCCGAAAACCAUCUUCCAGUUGAUCCCAUUUUCACCUUCUCGGUUGUGGAUAGGGAUACAAUCUCCAACGCUGCUCUUUUGAAAUUUUAUCAAGUCGGCGAAUCGGUGCAAGAAUUUACCGUCACUUCUAGUGGUGAGGUCUACAUUCGCAGACCACUGGAUGCUGAAUCAACACAAACUCAUGUAUUGGAAGUGAAAGCCUUUGAUGGGUUGCACGAAACCUCUCGUCCCUUCACACUAACGAUCCAUGUAAAAGACGUCAAUGAUAAUCCACCUAUCUGUCACCUUCCCGAUCGUGUGGUGUACGUGCUGGAGUCGGCAGUGAAUGGGACAGUGCUCUUUCAGCUCAAUGCAACAGAUGCAGACGUGCUUGAAGAGCACUCUCUCCUCAGCUACCGCUUGGUUGAAGAUCGAGCUUACGCAGAUACCUUCAAGGUGGACGAGAAGACCGGAAACAUUACGCUUGCCUUGCAGCUGGAUUAUGAGACGAGGACGGAUUACACCUUGCGGGUCGAAGCUAUGGAUAGAGGCAACCAUUCCUGCUACUAUAAUCUUCAAGUCAAGGUGUUGGACGUCAAUGACAACUCACCUAUCUUCGACCUCCCCAUUGAAAUUGCCUCUGUCCCUGAGAAUGCGCCUGUCGGUAGUUUGAUCGGUAAAGUCCACGCCACCGACGUUGAUCCUGUGGACGCAAACAGGCUGGAAUAUAGCAUUUCGUGGCCCAGGAACGGGAGUUUUUCGGUGGAUAGAUACUCGGGCCUGCUUCGCGUUGUGCAGCCGCUGGACCGAGAGUGUCUUGCAGUACAUCGUUUUACGAUCCUCGUGACAGACGGAGGAGGGUUGUCGCGCGCCCAUUCGGUUACGACGAGCGUAGAGGUGCCUCUGGUGGAUGUAAAUGACAAUCCGCCGUACUUUCUUGAGCCUCGACCCACUGCUAGUAUCUCCGAGGUCAGUCCUACUGGUGCCCUUGUCAUGCGCCUCACUGCCAUCUCCCUCGAUGAAGGGGACAACGCCAUCGUACGCUACCGUCUUCUUGAGACUGAUACUCCUGAAUUCACUCUCAACGCCACCACUGGAGAGCUCUACUUGACAAGCUCCCUGGACUACGAACACACGCCGCGCUACUUUUUGACGAUCGAGGCGAGGGACGGAGGCACACCUCCACUCAGUGUCACAACCGUUGCGACCGUUAAUGUGAUUGACGUCAACGACAACCCACCUUACUUCAUUGGACAAGAUCCAUCGCCAUUAUUAUCAGAUGAUACUCUAACUUCCACGCAGGACCCUACUGUCGGUGUCUUCUCCUUCGAGGUCUAUGAGAAUAGCCCUGUUGGAACACGGAUUGGGCGUAUAACGGCAGGCGACCCGGACUCGGGCGAAAACGGCCGUCUUGCAUUUUCUCUGUGCGAACCCACUCGGCCGCCCGAGACACUAGUAUCGCUGAAAUUACGAGAUGCCAGCGCCGAGCCCAUCAAAACUGUUCCAUAUAAGCCAGUGGUCGGGAGCCUCUUCGAAGUGGGCGAAGAGAGAGGCGAGAUCUCUCUACUCUUCAGUCCUGAUCGCGAGGAGGCCUCUCUCUACAGCUUCUCUGUUUGUGUCUCUGAUCACGGUCAGCCUGUCCUUUCGGCUGUCACCCGCGUCAUUGUCUCCAUUCGUGACACCAAUGACUGCCAGCCUCAAUUUGAGCGCACUAAUUAUGAAUUCUAUGUACAGGUACGAUUAUUCACCGCUCAAAGUGAUUUACGUUCCUUUCACAAUCACGCUCGAGUUUCUACCGGUGAUCAAGGUGGAUCGAAAUGGAAAUGUUGUAUCGACCAGUCAGUCAGGGGAGUUUCCACACUUCAAAUUGAGAUGCGUGCCCUCUUUUGGUGCCUGCAGAGUCUGAACGAUGCAUCGUACGCAGAAGGCGCGGAAAUUCUUUUAGGGCAUAUGGCAGUGCGGGAUUGGGAUACAGUUCCGAACGCGGGCCCCUUCAAGUGCAAACUCACGAGUCCUGCGACCUCGACUUCGAUGAUGUGGGACAACUCCACACCCCUUUUCUCAGUUCGCGCCCACUCUACCUUCCCUACUAAUACCACUGUCUCCAUCUCUCCAGUUGAUUCCUCAUUCUUCCAGGGCCUUGAGACAAACCAAACAGGAUUUUGCUCUCUCUACGCCAUCCCAACACUCCCAUUGGGAAGUAAAAGCCUGGUGGUCCGAGCCCAUGACAGUGGAAUGACUGCGCUUCACUCGUCAGUAACAAUUACGGUUCAUGUUUCGCGUCAAUCCAACCUACCUCCUGAAAUCGUCAGUUCAAACACUACUCUCGUGAUUUUUCGGGACAGCUCUGGGACAUCCAUUCCCUCGGUGAAAAAUCGCUUCGAUCUUGACAUCGCUAUGGCAACGACGAAGUUGCCGAAGGCGCAGGAUCCUCCGCUAAUGCGAGUGGUUGUUCGCGACCGCACCUCUUACGAUCAACUCUUCUUCGAACUCAUCACUGAACCCUUGACUACUCAUUUUGAUAUAGACCGCUACGAUGGGAGCAUACACGUGAAGUCUACCACAUCAAAGUCGACCAAAUCCACCGCCCUUUCUGCACCUCGGCAAGAUCCGUCCCUUGUUUGGCUUGAACCUGUGCUACCAAAACUAUCACCCAUAACUCAGCUCAACUCUGGCGACUAUCGUCUCCAAGUCAGAGUCACGAAUGGUUCACUAAGUUCCAAUAAUACCAUGUUCUUGAAGGUUAUAACCGUGACGGAAGAGAUGUUGGAAUCUGCCUGUGUACUCCACGUUGCCGACCUCUCCCCAAACGAGCUGUUUCUUCUUCACCUCGACCAGACGAUCCAGCGGGAGUUGUCUCAGGCGAUUCUCAGUUUUUCCAUCACUAGUGGUGCUGACCCAUCCGACAACGUUUUUAUUAUCUCCGUCCAGCCCUCUACCAGCUUUCUGCGUGGGGGAAAGAGGAGUAUCAGUGGUGGAGUGGACCUUCUGAUAGCUGUCUACAAUCCUCGCGAAAGGCGAUUUAUCGAGUCGAACCAUUUGGUUCAGCGGAUUCAUGGCUUACAAGGGAACCUCUCCAGAACUACUGGCCAUCAGAUUCAUGCCUACAAUAGCCUGUGCGCACAGAAAAAAUGCGACUCUGGAAGUUGUGUGACGCGGGUGAUAUUGGAAGUAGAGACGGAGGCGUCGAAUAUAUUGGAGAUACAUGGAGCGAGUCGGAUGAGUCCACGGUUCUCUCUAGUGGCGCGGUGUCGGUGUGCGACUAAUUUCGGAGGCUUGUACUGUGAUCGACCACGCGACGUCUGCGCUACCAGCGCUUGCGUAGCACCACGCAUCUGUGUGCCCUCACCUCACUCUCCACGCACACACCAUGCCUGUCUCUGUCCCCUCCCCUGGACCGGUCCCAACUGCGAUCGUCUUCUCCGACUUCCCUCCGACUCUUCCUCUGAGGCCUGCUUUUCCGAAGCCUGUUUUAUAAAAAGGGAAAAAGGACCCUUACAGUUCACUGGAGGGAGUUUUGCCCAUUGGCAAGUGGGGAAUCCAAACGAAUAUAGAAUCGAAAUCGCCUUCUCCAUUCGUACUCGCCAGCAGAGUGGGCCUCUGUUUUCUGUUGGUUGGAGUUCACUGCGCGCCCUACGCAUUCACCUCAUUAAUAACGGCAAUUUGGCCAUCUCGCCGGUCGACUUUGCCAAAGGGGUGCCCAUCAGUAAUUGGCUUAUCUCCGGCCAACCGGAGUUAAGCGAUGGUCAAUGGCACCGCGUGCGGUUUGUUCUCUUUGCUAGUACCACCGAUUCGUCCGACCUUAGGUGGUGGGUUCAGCUAACAAUUGACGGCAUGCACGUCCAUUCUAAAGCCAUUGAUUGGGCUCCUGGUGAUACGAAAAGGCAGGACAUCCUGCUCGGUGCCGAAUUAGUUCAUGGAUUUCGACCCUUUGCUGAGAUCUUUUAUCCAAAGGACUGGAUGGCAGCAGCAUCUAAGGAGCCUCAGGAUCCCGAAUGGCCACAAUUUAAUUACUCUGCUCCUCCUCCCAUUUUGCGCUCCGGAUUUGUGGGCUGCAUAAGCGACAUUCUCAUCGAUCGCGUUAAGCCACCUUACCAAGCAGGCUUUACUUCCCAGCAGGCCGUACUCUCAGCUCUACGGCACCAUAAGUUGCCCAUAGGUGUCUCUGGAGAGGAGGAGCAGGGAAUCACUAGUCUGCCAGUGCUACAGGUGAUUCGAACUCGUAAUCUGGAGUACUACUGUUCAGCACAAGCAACUUACGAGAGCUCCUGUGCCUAUGCACCCUGUCUUAACGCAGGUGUGUGUCUCUCUCGACGUGCUCUUGCCUUCUCUCAAAUUGGUAGAGGCCCUGAGGCUGUCAGUCCCUCCGACUUCAACUGCUCUUGCCAGUCCGGCUUCAUUGGCUCACUUUGUGAGGAGGUGACUGACUCCUGCCUCCUCCAACCUUGUUUCAACGGUGGAAGCUGUGAGCCAGCAAGCGGCAAAUCGACUUCCUAUCGGUGCAUCUGUCAACCAGGCUUUGGAGGCGUUAAUUGCGAGACUCCAACCGGUAGGUCUAUGGGAGCCAAUACUAGCAGCGCGUGUGUGCGCGCUGAGGCCCUGCUAGCGGCAACGAGGUCGCCAACACCGGUGUGCUACCAUGGCAGCGCUUGCAUCGAUAGCCCUGGUGGUCCCAUUUGUAACUGCUCAUUUGGCUGGCGUGGAGGACGAUGCGAACACGACGUAGAUGAAUGCAGUCUUGCCUCUACAGCUUUCGCAGCCGCCAGUGCCGAUAGUGAUAGCACCUAUGACUAUGGUCAGAACGCUGACGCAUCUGGUGCUACCAUUGAUCCUCUCUGCAAUCCCUAUGGCUCACGCCGCGGUGUUUGUAUUAACCUUCCCGGCUCCUAUUACUGCAAUUGUAGCCUCGGAUAUACUGGAAGAAACUGUCAGAUUCGCAAUCUCGCUCCACUGAAGUCAGAUUCGAACGCUUUGGGUCUAACUCCAAUGCACGGCUAUAUAAUUGCAGGCAUAUUUGCACUGAUUUUUCUGUUCGCCGUCAUCACUGCUGUCAUACUGAAAUGCUGCUUCCGUCGUAACUCGUCCACCCGUUUCUUCGAUGCACACAACAUUGGUCAUUCGAACUCGUCUUUCUUUCCUGGCUGUGACAAGAUGGCCUCGGGUCUGUUGCAGCAGCAGCAAGUAAAGCUACUCGAGUCGACUCGCAUGCUACCUGAUGGUGGCAACGGCUCAGUCACUUAUUCGCCGACGAGAGCGGGUCUCAGGGGGUCGGUAAUUUUGGGACCCGGACGGCAAGUUCUCACUCCGGAUUUCCGCAGACAAUCGUCCUACAUUGUGGACGAGAAUGGUCGUCUUGUUGUCUUAAGACCCAACAGUGUCGUGGGAGGGAGCAUGGUCGCGGGCGAUUCCCUUCAAAUGGUCUAUCUUGGUGGUGGUGCUAGCAGCACGACCGCAGGCUGCAUGCCAUCCUCCUCGACGCUGACACGCCGAAGUUACGUAGAUUGUGGGGUGCCUCACCACGCCACGUCCAUGAUAUCCCAGCAUCUUGCGGCAGGUUCUGGUCCUCCGCCUCACGGUCAUCCCCUAGCUCACCUCCACAAUCCUCAGCAGCAGCCACUAACACAACAGCAGCGCCCCGGUUCCUCCAACACCAUGACUUCGGACCGCAUCUCAUUGGGCUCUGGCUCUGACCAUUUCUCGGUCCAGAGUGGUGGACAGCGACAGGCGCAGCCAGCACCGGCGCAGCCGUCGCAACCCCUUCUCUACGUAUAUCCACAAUCAGCGGCGUGUGUCAGGCGCUCGCAGAUCAUCCACCCUCAGCAGGUUCUUACCUCUGAGGCACUCACACCUAUUUUCUACCAUCCUAAUGGAACCAGCGUAGGAAAUCUUUCCGCCAUCGACCGGCUGCAACCCAGAAAUCCUCGUUUAAGCCAUUUUGGCCCAUCGAAGGCAAAUAUGCUCAACCAGGCGAUCCCACUGCAAGCCAGUUCAAAUGGAUCGGUGCGAUCUGCGUCCUUGCUCAACUCCGUCCAGAGUAUGCCCCCACGACACUCAACUCCACCUGUCAUUCAAUCACGGCCCUACUGGGUGGAGUCAACUCUUUUUCUUCUGCCUCUGAUUCCUUCAUCAACCACGAAUGCUGCCACCAAAAUCCCUGCUGUUACUGCAAUUGACCCUCAGAACCCGCGAGCAUUGCUCUACCGUAAGGCUGUGCACGCCUAUUCCAGCAACUCUGAACUCCGCUGCUCCAUUCAUCUGGACAAACGGAGAAACUCACUCGCAGCAGAUACCACGUCCCUGUCAAAGGCGACACCUCAAAGGCCGCAUUCGGCCUACAUUCCGCUUCUCCACUCCAUGGGUAGUGGAGAAGCCUGCACCAGUCCAGUCCUUAAUUUGGGUAAUACGAACUGGGAGCAACAAAAUGGUCCUCCAGCUUCGAGUGCUUUUGUGUUAGUGGAACCUCGAGGAUUGCAGAAGCCAUCGUCCUUGAAAAAGUCUCCAACGGCAUCGGGGUCUCGACAUAACUCCUUUUGUAGUUCGGCCACUACACUGACUGCUCCUCCUCUCCAGAAUCCCCCUCCGCUACUGCCUCAGCCGCCAGCCUACGGCACUGUUAGAGCCUCUACACCUCAGAGCAAGAGUGAUGGUGAAGACGCUGCUUGCGCAUCUAUAGUCGUCAAGACCAACGGCCUCACACCCCGCCCUACGCCUGCAAACGUACCCCUGAGCGACGGGAACAAUCCCCCCAAAAAUGUAACUUCGAAAAUGCCCACUCUACCUCCAGCUAUUUAA